GUAUUUGCUUCAGACAUUAUCUACAUCAGCUUCCUCCUCAGUGGCUGUCUCUGUGUAGGUGGGGAACUAGUGCAGCACCAAGCUGUGGCUGCCCCAUAAUGUUCCCGUCGUCCUUUCCAUUGUUCCUCUGGAUUAUGGCUGAUCUGCACUAAGAGGCUCCGCUUUGAGAAAUGAGAGCGCUUUCGGGCCGGGUGUGAAUUUUCGAAGGUCCUAUAGUCUGCUGACCAGCGGUGAAAUUUUGGAGAAGAAAGAGGCGAUGUUGACAACAAAGAGGCACCGUGCAGCCCUCUAUGCCUGAGUGGAGUCCGAGGCAUAGGGGAUGGCUGGAUGAAGAUCAAAACGCCUCCACGCCUCGGAAAGCUUCAUAAAUACAAGCGUGGAUGAAGUCUAACACAUAAAGGUUCCCGGUACGGCUCUGGAUUUUAUUGCCCACUAAUGCAAAUCGUAUAUUGAUGAAACGUUUGAAAGGACGCGCAGUUAAUUGAGCUGGACUCAAAAUGCCUCGCUAGAUUAUUUAAUUGACUAGAGGGUGGAUCACAUUGCACAUCAACCGAAGCCACGGGAUUCCGGUUUUUCGUUUUAUUUCUACUGAUUGCAUUUUUAAUUCCAUCUGCAGUGUGGUAGUGUUAGACUAGCAGGCUCUGAACAUUAUCGCUGAAAAUUUAUGGGGUGGGAAAAAAGGCGAAUCGACACAAUAUUUGCUGGGAGGAAAUUAAAAUAUGCGUUGAAGGAGACAUACGAUGAUUAUUGGGGUUAAACCCAAAGGGAAAGACGACGCAGAGAAUUACAACUGUAUAAGGAUCCCCUUUGGAAAGAAAAAGAAACCGUUGUCAUUUUUCUUGUUUUCUUUGGUUCUGUUAGAUCAACUAGACGUCUUAAGGGAACCAUUAAAUACAAAGUAGGCUGUCUGACUCGAGAAGCCCAUGCUGAUUUUAAAAUCGUUGCAAGAUGGUUAGCUUGCAGUAGAAUAAACACGGUGUUUUAUAUUGACAUCGAAUGUGUUUCGUAAAAUAAUACCAGUAUAAGCUGGUUUCGUAAAAUAAUACCAAAACAGCUGAUGUGAUUCUAUUGUACUGACCGACUAGUAAAACACCUUGAUUACAUAACUGGAGUAAUUGCGUUUGAACUUUUUGAACUUCUUGGAUCCGGAUUAACGCCAUCGGUUUCGGUCCCGAUCCACCGAGCCGGAGCUCAGCAUCCAUACCAUGGCAGCGGUGGUAAGCUACUCUCCGCCCUGGUGGGUCAGCCUCCUCCACCGGCUCCCGCACUUCAACUUCCAGUUCGAGCGGACAAGCAAUGAAUUUCGUCCGGAGGAUGCGGAUUACCAGCAGUCCCUCCUGCUUCUGGGCGGCGUGGCGCUGGCUUGCCUGGCCCUCGACCUCCUCUUCCUGCUUUUCUACUCCUUCUGGCUCUGCUGCCGGCGCCAAAAGAACGAGGAUCAGCCCAACGCCGACUGCUGCUGCACAGCCUGGUGUGUCAUCAUCGCCACCCUGGUCUGCAGUGCUGGCAUUGCUGUUGGUUUCUAUGGGAACGGCGAGACGUGCGAUGGAGUUAACCGGCUGACAUACUCCCUGCGACACGCCAACCGUACAGUGGCAGGAGUGCAGAAACUGGUGUCGGACAGCACCACCUUGCUUAACCAGACGGUGGGCGAGAGCCUUCAGCAGCUGGACGGAGAGUACGCCAAGCAGGCGGACUAUGUGUCCAUCGUGCAGAAGCUGCAAGGCCAGCUGGACGAGCUGGUGCGUCAGGAGGCCGAGAUUCCCUUCUGGAGUAACGCCGACGUCUCCCUGGAGGACCUGGCCAGCAGAGCGGAGUUCUACGACUGGUACCGGUGGCUGGCUUAUCUGGGCUUGCUGCUGUUCGAUGUCAUCAUCUGCCUGCUGGUGCUGUUCGGCCUCAUUCGCAACUCUAAGGGAACGCUCAUUGGCGUCUGCUUGCUGGGCGUGCUGACGCUCAUCAUCAGCUGGGGAUCUCUGGGCCUGGAGCUGGCCGUCUCCGCGAGUGCCAGUGACUUUUGUGCAGCCCCUGACAAGUUCAUCACCAAAGUAACAGAAGAGAAUGCUGUGGUCAGCCAAGAUAUCCUCCAGUACUACCUGGUAUGCAGUGUGGGUCACGCUAACCCCUUCCAGCAGAAGCUGUCAGGAAGCCACAAAGCUCUGGUGGAGAUGCAGGAUGACAUUUCGGAGCUGCUGCGCUCAGCUGUCCGGGAAUUUCCGAAGACUAAGGGGAGUCUGGAGAUGAUCCAGGGGGUCCUGAACACCACAGAGAUCGGCCUUCACCAGCUCACCGCCCUGAUUGACUGCCGCAGCCUGCACAUGGAUUACGUCCAGGCUGUAACAGGCCUGUGCUAUGAUGGUCUGGAGGGCCUCAUCUACCUGGUGCUCUUCUCCUUCGUCACGGCUCUCAUGUUCAGCUCCAUCGUGUGCAGCGUGCCGCACACCUGGCAGACCAAGAGGAACGACGAGGAAGGAGAGGAGGAAUCGAUGGGCCGUGGCACCAGGCCUCCGCAUGAUAACCUGUACCGCGUACACAUGCCCAGCCUGUACAGCUGCGGGAGCAGCUACGGCAGCGAAACCAGCAUCCCGGCUGCGGCACACACAGUCAGCAACGCGCCCGUCACAGAGUACAUGACCCAGAACGCAAACUUUCAGAACCCCCGGUGUGAGAACACGCCGCUGAUUGGCAGGGAGUCUCCCCCACCCUCUGUAAGUGUAGCCGCUUCGUCCCUCUCCAACACGGCAGGUAUUUGGGCAGCCAUCUUAGCUUAAAUACGCUUCCCAGGUCUCUGCACAUUGAUAUUAUUCAUCGUAGUUAUAUACACAGUACUAUGCAAAAAUGUUCAUGUUGGUGUAAAUACAUGGUGUCUUGUCUGCCUAAGUGUGCUAGCUUAGCCAUUUCAAACCCUCUCCUGAAGUCACCCCAGGAUUUGCAAUAUCAAUGCAGUACACUGAUGUUUAUUUGGAUCGACCACUAGCAUCUUGUAUGACUAACAUGGGCUGACAUUAAUUUAACUAAUUAAAUGAGCUGGUGGUGAAAUUUAUGAGAGAGACAGAAUAGCUGAGGUGCCCAUGAGGAGAGGUUUGGACACCAAAAUGGUGUUCAUCUAGCCAUCCAACUAGAUAUCAGUAAGUUCUUGAACACAAGAAAUCCCUUUUUGUUGUUACUGUUAAUUUCCAUAUACAGUGGUACCUCAGUUCUCGAACUCAUUAUAACUGAAAUUUCUUAAAACUCGUUAACCAACAAGUUCGAAAAGAUUUUACCUAGAAUUCGAUCUAAACCUCAGAAGUCAAACUGUGAAUGCCAACCUAAGAUAUCUUGUACGCUCAGGGAAAUGAGUCACACGGCACGUCUCUCAGCAGAAACAAAGGGUAACGCUUCAGUCUCAGCCUAGCAUUAGCUGUGAUAGCAUCGUGCAUGUUUACACUAGCUGAAUAC